UCCAAAUACAACUUUGAUACUUGCCUAAAGAGCAGCUCACAAGUCUGUCUGUCUGCUGCUAAAAAUCAGAAAUACUACCAGAGGUUUUCCAUCUAAUUUCUCAAUGCCAGCCACAGGGGGUCCUUCUAUUCUUCUACUCCCUCUUCCCCACCCAACAGCUCAUCGGACUGCAAAGAAAUAGAAACAAAGAGGAGAGGGGGUGGGAAAAGCAGGAUUGAUGCAGGGAGCAGCAAUCAAAUUCAGCCACAGCCAGUGCAUCACUGAGGCUGCUAUUACAGAUUCACAGCCCAACUGCACAGCAUCUUAGGCAGCACGGGCAAUAAGAAACAAUAGAAACAAACAAUUCAUCAAGCCCUUGUGACCUGGGUUGUAUCUAUGUUUCGCCGGCUGACACGAGGUACUCGGAGAUGUAUUAUUUCAGUUUAUCCGGGAUCCUGAACACAUGGAUGCUGAAGAAGACACGAAGUUUGGGGGCAGGAGAUGAGUUCUUCUAAAUGUCUAAGCAUUAAGGAAUAUCUGCCUCUACACUGCACUGUUUGUUGCUGUCCUCUGUGUUAAAAGGUUAUCAAUGAAGCAAUCCUCUGGAAUUAAUGGGAGCUAUUUUUUUUCCUAAGCCAUUGACAUGACUUGAUUUUGUUUCCAUGUGUUUUGUGGAAGAAGUCCCUGAGACCUAGCAGUGUCUCUAUAAUGACUCCCUAGCAUCAAUAAGCCAGCAACACAUUCAUUUAAGUGGAUUUACUUGUACUGAAGAAAUUAACCCGUGCUGUAGAUUUAUUUCAUCCUAGGUGUAUUCCGUUGCUUUUUUAAACUAAAGCUUUUACCAUUGCACAUGGUUUUUUUUACCAGCUAAACCUAAUAGUAAUAUGAGGAGGAAUCUCAACCAGGUUCUUGCAUGGCAGCUGUGAUACUAGUUGGUUUAAUGACUGCUGGAGUUGAUGUUUUAUGUAUUUGCCACAAUUAAUCAGAUUUCAUACUGCAUUUAGGUUACUUGUAAAAAAAAAAGAUUUCUCUGACCUGCUCUUACUGUAUUUAACAGCAAGAUGAAGUCUGUUUUUUACAGUCGUUUCUUCAUUCUUCUCCCUUGGGUGUUGAUUGUUGUUAUUAUUAUUGAUAUUGAUACCCGGAGACCUUCCAGCUUCAGCAGAGUUUCUACCACCCGUUACUAUUCUCCUUACUGGAAACGCAGAAUUGGACAAGCUGCUUUGAUGCGACCCAAGCCAAGUGACACCAGCACAGGUUCAUGGACAACUAACCAGGAGCAGUUGACCAGUUCUGAUAUUCAGAAGAGAAAGAAUGAUACAGUACCUAUUAUCUAUGCUAUUACCCCAACUUAUAGCCGCCCUGUGCAAAAGGCGGAACUCACUCGGCUAGCCAACACAUUCCGUCAGGUGCCACGUUUACACUGGAUAGUAGUAGAGGAUUCUGCUCUACCUACAGAUUUAGUAAGCCGCUUCUUGGCUGGAGCAGGUGUAAGGGCCACCCACUUGCAUGUGCCCACACCACGGAGAUACAAACGUUCUGGUUUACCCCGUGCCACUGAACAGAGGAAUGCAGGAUUGGCUUGGCUUAGGCAGCAAUACCAACCCCAGCCUCAUUACACCCAGAGAUUAGUGAUCCAGUCACCUGUACAGCAGGAGUACCCUGGCGUCGUCUUCUUUGCAGAUGAUGAUAACACUUACAGUCUGGAGCUUUUCCAGGAGAUGCGCACAACCCAGAAGGUCUCAGUUUGGCCUGUGGGCCUUGUUGGGGGACGUCGUUAUGAACGCCCAGUUGUAGAGAAUGGAAAGGUUGUGGGCUGGUAUACAGGAUGGAGAGCAGACAGACCUUUUGCCAUUGACAUGGCAGGAUUUGCUGUGAGUCUUCAAGUGAUCCUUUCAAACCCAAAAGCUGUGUUCAAAAGACGAGGUUCUCAGCCCGGAAUGCAAGAAUCAGAUUUUUUAAAACAGAUUACAAAGGUGGAAGAACUUGAGCCAAAAGCCAACAAUUGCACAAAGGUUCUUGUGUGGCACACUCGAACAGAAAAAGUAAAUCUAGCUAAUGAGCCCAAACAUCCUCAGGAUACAAUUAAAAUUGAGGUAUGAUCACCAAAUGCCAUUUUGUGGAGCCCUGGAGAAUGGACCGCCUAUUGAUCCUUAGCUGUGGACAUUAAGAGAUGAUUAAGAAGCUGCCAUCCCUUCUACCUGCAUUGAUCAUAUGUUGGCCUCUAGUUGAAGCUUCCAGUUACAGGGAUACACAUUUUGGACAUGUUCUAUAUGGGGUUUUUUUGUACAUGGUCUGCAUGUGCCAUAUUGCUGUAUAAAUUCCACUGGAUUUUUUCGAUAAUGCCAUCAGGCAGCACAGCAAAACUGUUAAACUUGGAAGUGUGUUGAUUUUGUCCCUACAAAUUCAGCUUCCGUAAUAUACUACAGAGAACAUUCCACUUACAAAAAGUACAGAACACAGAUUAACCAUUUGCCUUGUCAGUAUUGGAGUAAUAAACUAUGGCCCAAAAGGCUACAUUAAAUACAAACAAUCUGUAGGUUCAUUGAUUAAUACAUGGGAGAAAACAUCUUAAUACUAGGCACCUUAAAAUGUAAACACAAUCACUGGCAUAAACCUGGAUGUACCUUCUAAGAAGAAAUGUAUGUUGUAGAGUUCAUAUAGAGGGAAGGAUGUACUGUACAUACUGCAUCUCCUAUGAGAACACAGCUCUGUAAAUAACAUACUCUUUAAACAUAGGCAUCACAGAUCCUAACACCCAGGCUUAUGUGCUCUCCGUUAUGGGACUACCUGCUCAGCACACCAUAACAUCACCCAAUGAUAAAUGAACAUCUAGAAAGAUACACAACAAUAUGAUGUCCAGUGAUACAUUUACAAUCAAAUUUCAGAAUUAAAGAUACUUCAAUAUAACUACAGUUUAUUUUUAAGGACCACAGGAUAAUUAAGGGGGAGGCGAUAGGUGACAUUUUAAGAAUUUGAAAAUACUAACAAUAUACCCAGUAUACCUUAAAUACAACCCUUAGAUUUCCUUUAAACCAUAGCACAAAAACAAACUAAAAUAAAACCUAACAUACCCCUCUCAAAAAAAAUGAAUCCCCACGUUUGUUCAUAAACAUUAGUUAAAAACGACAGGUCAUGGAAAACUUUUGAUAUGUAAAUGUACUUUCUAAUCCACAUAACUACCAGAUUCAAUCUAUUCAAACCAACAAAAUGAGCAGACACUGGGAAGAGAAAGCAUUAUAUACAUAUUUAAAACAGGGUACAUGAUGUGCAUUAAAGCAGGAAUGUCGAAUGGAUCCUCAUAAUGGCUGCUCUCAUUUCCAAAGUUGUGUGCUUAGAGUCUGACCAGCAGCGUUUCCAGACCAUCCUGCUCCAACUGCGUUUGUAGGCUGACCAAAAGCCAUCAUAUUGCUUCCUCCAUUCAAGCUCAUUCCACUCAUUUGCUGAUUCAUCUGUUAAGCACAAGAACACACACAACCUUUGAAAUAAGCACAAACAACUGCUGUAAUCAUUUUAGUGCAUGGCUGUUUACAUCUCAUAUGACUGGACAGUCAACUCAAAACAGCCUUGUAGGCACAAAUCUCUGUGGUACCCACAUAUCCUAAAUCAUAGAAUGGUAGCAGCAACCAUGAAUCGUGGAGCUUAGAGUAGUGUUUCCCAACCUCGGUCCUAAAGGCACACUAACAGUCUACAUUUUAGUGCUACCUAUGCUUGAGCACAGAUGGCUAAAUAAAAGCAAAUACUAAUUAAGCCACCUGGCUUCAAGCAUGGCUAUCCUUAAAGUCUGAACUGUUAAGCCACAUACACAUGGUGUGAUGUAACUAUCGAUAUUGACUAUAUAGUCCAUAUCGGUAGAAAACAUAGUGCAUAUUGCACUGUCUGUAUUCACCUUGCGAUGCUGAUGCGCGAUCCUGCAGGGUCGGCAUCACAAGGAAAAAUAGUAUGCGCAGGCAGGCCUAUAUUGACUAUAUUGGAGGUUCAUGUCUCUGAUCACAAUAUUGGCCGUUAGCCUGCAUUGCACCAUGCGGCUUUAAUGUGCCGAGAAGGCCAUGGAUGGGAACCCCUGGAUUCGGAGAUAGUGUCCAUCUAAAACUACUCUACUACCCUCCCAUUUGCCAUUUCAGUUACUGAUUCAUAUACAGUAUAUGUAGGAUUUAGUGAAAUCUGGUUAUGAAAGCUAUGACAUGGUAAUGAGACUGGAAAGAUUACUACCAAUACAUUUUGUUUAUAUGUAAGCCAGGAAAAGAUUAAUUAUUCUUGCAUAAUGUUUUCAUAAAAGUUCUUACUAGUCUUGUAUAUGAUUAAUGUCUCAUUUGCUGAAAUAAAAUAAUUGUAAGCACAAA